UAUAUAUAUAUAAUAUAAUGCAAAUAAAAAUAGCAAGUAGACUACAGCUGACAUAGCAAGUAGAGUGUAGUAGAGUGUUUGGAGCUAAUUAAGAAAAGAGAAGUUAAAAACAAAAUUAUUAUUAGUAGUUUAUUAUGAAGACCAAAAAAAUUAUGUAAUAAGAUAAUCAAGAAGAGAAUAAGGAAAUAAAAGGAAAGAAAUAGCAAUCACUAAGCUAUAUAACUUUCUAGAGCUGAAGGCACAUUAAACCAAAAAGUCUAUGGUAAUCUUUAUUGUUGUGUUACUAUUUGCAUCUUGAACGCCAUAAUCAAGGUAUAUGUAUAAUCAAAAUGACUUCUAUAAAGCAAAAAGGAAAGGAAAAUGUUUCUCUACGUAAGUGCAAUAAAGGAAGAAAACUUCGACAAUGGAAUCCACAAAAUAUGGCAAAAGCAAUAGCAGCUGUUCGUAACAAAGAAAUGGGAUGGUUAAAAGCAUCUAUAGAGAUGGAUGUGCCACAAAGAACUUUACGACGAUUAGCUGAUGAAAAAUAUGGUUCGCCAGAAAAAGCUGCUGCGUGUAAACAUGGAAGAGCUCCUAUCUUUAGUGCUGAAUUAGAAGAGGAACUUGUUCAAUAUUGUUCCAUGAUGUCGCAUUUUUAUGGUCUAACAACAGAGGAUUUACGUAGAAUGGCAUUACAAUUAGCUGUUAGAAACAAUAUCAAGCAUCCUUUUAAUAAUACAAUGGCUGGUAAGAAAUGGCUUACUUUAUUCUUAAGAAGGCAUCCUAAUUUAUCAAUUAACAAAUCUGUACACACGUGUGAUGCUAAAAAGGAAAGAUAUGCUAAAAAGGAAACAAAUGUGAACAAGUUUUUUGAUGUAUUGGAUGCUGCUUUUGAGGAAUACAAUUAUCCGCCAGAUCGUAUUUUCAACGUUGAUGCAACAUGUUUGACCAUUCUUCCAACCGAAAUACCCCAAAUUAUUGGACGGAAAGAUAAACGUCAAAUCAGCAUGCUAACACCAACGGAGAAAAGAUCUUCGAUAACGGUUAUUUGCGCUAUGAGUGCCGCUGGAACAUUUGUACCCCCAAUGAUUAUAUUUCCUCGGAAAGAUAUGACAAAUCUAUUGAUGAAAGGUGCCCCGCCUUGUGCAAUCGGUGUUGCGAAUCAAUCAGGAUGGGUACAAAGUAAUUUAUUUAUUCAGUGGUUUAAACAUUUUAUUAACAAAAUUAAACCAAAUCAACACGACCCUAUCUUAUUGUUACUCGAUGGACAUUAUAGUCAUAUAAAAAAUAUUGAAUUAAUGGAUCUUUCUAAAGAACAUUUUGUAAAGAUAAUUUCUUUCCCUUCGGACACGACGCACGAACUUCAGCCGUUAGACAAAUCUUUUAUGGGCCCAUUAAUGAGUUCUUACGCGGAAGAAGUUAAAACGUGGACGCAUACGACACAGAAGCCGGUAACUGAAAAUGAUGUAAUGGAUCUAUUUGGUCGUGCUUACAUUAAGUGUCAGACUGCCGAAAUUGCCAUCAGCGGCUUUAAAUUAACAGGAAUAUACCCUCGAAAUCGCCACAUUUAUUUUAACACAGACUUAACUCAAAAAGAGAUUCAAGAAGAACAUUCUAAUAAUCCUUUAAACGAGCCUCAAACUCCAAUGUUUGCAUUUGAAACACUUCCUACUGAAAGUGAUACACUUGACAGAGCUUCCUAUUCUACAGUAUCUACUGAACCACAACCAUCUACAUCACGUGACAUUUCUCCAUCAGAUACUAUUUCAAUGGAUGUAAGGUGGUCUCAAAGGGUUUCAACCAGAGGUCGUAAACCUUCUGAAAUACACUUUGUCAAAUCAAGUACAUAUAAUAAACAAUUAAUACAAAAGAUAAAAGAGAAGAAAGAACAGGGAUAUAUAAAUAAAAAAGAAAUAAACCGAAGAAAAGGUCAGGAAAGAUAUAGUUCACAUUGUCCAAAUUCACAUGCUGAUCGAAAUAUUAAUAACAACGUUCUUGAAACAGAGGGAACGAAAAAAUUAACGCUUGUAGAACAUAUUGCAAAUAACACUUCAGAAGUAGAAAUUUCAUUCAAUGAUGUAAUCCCUAAUGAACAGGCGUCUCCGUGUACAGACACUCCCUUUUAUUUUGUAGAUUGCUCGCUCAAUUUUCACGAUGAUGAAACUUCAUUUGUGGAAUAAUUUGAUAAGAUAAUAUUUAAAGUCAAAAAUACAAAUAACAAAUUUUUAAUCAAAAAUAAAAAAUAUAAAAUAAUGGCUCCAAUAUGACAAAAAUAACUUUUAAAAAGUGAUCUAGCUGAUUAUUGUAAAAUUUGAUUUUAGGAAGUUUUUUAUAUUGCUAAAUUAAAUUUCCAGUUUUCAGAUUAUUGUUUUAGUUUAAUUCGCCAUUUUGGUUUUACCAUUUGAUUUUUGAAUUCUGAAACUAGAAUUCAGCGGCCUCGAAAAUCCUUAGAAAACAAAAUCUAUCACAGAUAACUUUAUCGGGAAACACCCAUUUUCUAAAUAUUAUUAAAUUAAAUAGGGUAGAUGUCUCAAUUACUGCCACCUUAAGCUUAUAACCGAACUUUAUUAAAUAAUUUUGGACAUUGCUGAAGCUAAAAAAUUAUCACUUUUAGUCAUAAUAUUAUUUAAUAACUUUAUUAUUAUAAAAAAAUAUUAUGCAUUAAAUAUAAAUAAUUAGUAAUAAAUAAAAAUAUACAGAAAUCUGCGAUGUCCCUAUGAUUAACAGCCAUUUUCGUAUUACUGACACCCGAUAAUUGCCAGUCUCUUUGACUGUGACCAAAUAACUGCCAGUUCCUUUCAUAGAGUCUCGAUUACUGUCGCAUUCAAAAUUAAAUGUUAAUUAAAUUAAAAUAAUAAUCUUAAUAUACUCAAUUAAAAAAAUUUUUUUUAAAUUUUUGUAAUAUAAGUGUUUUAUAAAGAACCAUCAGGAUAGCAAACGAGUAUAAAAGAUAAUGAAUUUUUGACAUAUAAUAUCAACAUAAACUAAUAACAUAUAUACUUUAAAAAUAUAAAAUAUACGUAUAGAUAAGUAAGUAAAAGAGCUUAAAACACUGACGGACACUGACAUUCUUGCCGUUUUCGCGCUCGGUGAGUAGGUAUCAGUUAUGCGUACUUGUAACACGUUUUUUGUCCCGAACACUGACGGCAGUUCAACGGACAAACCAAAAAAUGUUGUUCCUAUUGUUGUCAGCAUUAAUUAUAAUAAUUUAACAUAAAAUAUCACUUAUUUCAUACAUUAUUUUAUUAAAAUGAUUCUUAUAUACCUCAUUAAUUCAUUUUACAUAUAUAUAUAAUUAAUGUAGGUUAUAUAAUAAAAUUAUUGCCCUUUCUUUAGUACGACUUUUGCAUCGCCUCUUACUUACGUAAUCGCACUUUGAUAUAAAACCAAAUUAACAUUAAUUUUUUAAUACUAGGUAUAAACAAAUACGUUUUGUUUGUUUUUAUAUAAAUUGAUUUUAUAAUAACAUUUUUUUUAACAUGUUUGUUUACAAAUUUAUUUUUUAUCAAGUAUAAUAAAACGGCAGUUAUUGGGACACUGGCAGUAAUUGGGAUAUCUACACUAUAUCAAUAAAUUUUGUACGAAUAAUGAAAAAGAUAUUGAAUCCUUAAUUUUUUACAAUAUAUCUAC